CAAUCAAGUACUAACGCGCAGAUGCUCUAGAGCGUGCAAGAGUUCCAGCAUUGAAGCAGAGAGAAAUAAUGGCGGCGGUCAGGAUGCAGAGGUGGAGGGCUGGCAGGCAAAGACCCUCCGGCCAGAAGAGGUGGGUGGGCGGCGGGCAAAGCCCUGCCGGCCAGGAAGAGGAGGCGGCGGGGAGAAAUGAUGGCGGUGGUGAGGAGAUCACAUGUGCCAGUUUACAUGGAGAAUAAAAACCACACCAGACUGACACAUUUUCACUUCCAUCCUUUCUCAGCUCUCCCAGAGAUGCAGUUGUUGAUUUUUUGGGCUUUCCUGUUUUUGUACCUCCUCAGCCUUUUGGGAAACUCUGCAGUUGUGCUCAUCGUCUAUACGGAACACUCCCUCCAUACUCCCAUGUAUUUCUUCUUGGCUAACCUGGCAGUACUGGAGAUUGCAUACUCCUGUGUCAUUGCCCCACUAACCCUGGUCAACCUUCUCUCUGGGAGAACAGCCUCCAUCUCGCUGGCUGGAUGUGGCACACAGAUGUUCUUCUUUAUCUUCUUGGGAGGGGCUGACUGUAUGCUGUUGUCUGUUAUGGCCUAUGACCGAUAUGUUGCCAUCUGUCACCCACUGCGCUACACCAUCAUUAUGAACUGGAGGAUGUGUGUGAGUCUUGUAGCUGUGACAUUAAGCAUGAGUAGCUUGUUUGGCAUUCAGCUCUCAGUUCUGAUAUUACACCUUCCAUUCUGCAGCAACAAUGAGAUCAAUCAUUUUUUCUGUGACUUCCCUGCCAUCCUGAGGCUAGCAUGCAGUGACACCCAUGCCCAUCAGGUUACCCUUUUUAUGAUCAGUGCUAUAAUCCUGUCUGUCCCUUUUCUCCUCGUCUGCAUCUCCUAUGCCUUCAUUGUGAUGGCCAUCUUGCACAUCCGCUCUGUAGCAGGCCGACAGAGGGCAUUCUCCACAUGCUCCUCCCACUUAAUGGUCGUCCUUUUACAGUAUGGCUGUGGCAGUUUAAUCUACCUCCGCCCCAGUUCCAGCUACUCACCAGAGGAAGGUCGGGUAGUGUCUGUGGUUUACACCUUCGUCACUCCUGUACUGAACCCCUUGAUUUACAGCAUAAGGAACAAAGAGUUAAAGAAUGCACUGAGCAGAGUCCUGAAGAAGAAAGUGCUCUCCCCAUGA